AUGACUCUCACUAAUCUCCCACCAGAACUUCAAUCCAAAAUAUGCAGUUAUCUUGUCAAAUCAAUUGGUCCUUCAUCCAUCCAUGCCUUGCUCAGAACAUGCAAGCAAUUGUAUGCUGUUGCUCUCCCUUUCUCAGUCCAAAUCUUUCGAAAUACGGCCCCUAUACACAUUGGGAGGGGUCCCUGCUCCGAGGCUCGCAAUGUGCAAUUUCUACGCUAUAUUCUUAUCUCCAGGCCCGAGCUAGCCAGAAGGGUUGACACAGUUAUUCUAGGUGGCUUCACGACAACCAGGGACAGAGUGAAAACACCAACCGCGGCUACCAGCACCAAAGAGGAACUCGCCCUAUAUCAAGAGUUCAUUAUCAAUGCCUUGGGUCUUCAACUCAGUGAAGUUGACUUGACACGAAGGGACAGCUGGAUUGCUCACCUGAAAGAGGGAUCUUCUGAUGCCCAGAUUUCUUUAAUUCUGCUUGCAUGUUCAGGUGUACGGAGACUCUACUUUGAAGACUAUCAAGAAGGGUCAUCCCAGAACCAACUCUUCAAAAAACCGGACUGUUUCAUAUUUCUACUUGAAUUGGCCAAGGCCUUGUCGACAUCCAACACCUCUGAAUUCGACGCUCCAUUGCGGAACCUUCGUCAUGUCCAAGCCCAAUCCCACGAGAAUAACGACUGUGGCUGGGAACAGGCUUUCAGACUUAUGGCGCUCCCUCAGCUGAAAUCUUAUGAAUCCCUCGAUACAACCAGGCGUGGUAAUUUCGCAGGAGACUCAACUAUUCUACCUCUCAUCACCACACCCCAGUCCUCUUCUGUGCGAUCCAUCUCUCUCCACCAGUCCCUCGCGCCCGCGGCAGAGGUUCAGGCUUUAUUGAGGGUAUGCAAGCACUUGGAGAAAUUCGAGUACAUCAGCCCGACUUUUGAACCGAUAUCCGGUAUCUUUGCCCGGGAUAUCAUGGAAGCCGUACUACCCCACGCUGACACUCUCCAUCAUUUGCACAUUAAUUUCUCCGAUGAGUGCAAGAAGAUCGGUUGGGAGGACGACCCCCAGCGGUUAUAUCUGGGAUCCGAACUUGUCCAGAUGACAGCGCUGAGGCACCUCAGCAUUGGGAUGCAGUCUCUCAUAGGCAAGUUUGACCCGGCACCUACAGACGAGCAAGACACGCCGCCGCAGAUCGAAGGGGCCCCUCGGCUCAUAGGAUGCCUUCCAGAGAGUUUGGUAGAGCUCUCCAUUCGUGACUGUGGCAAGGGAAUUCUCGGCCAAGCCAAGGAGCUGAUGGAAACAAUCGAGAAGGGAGAGCGCUUCAACAAUUUGAGACGCAUCGUCCUGGUUUUCAAAGCCGAAAUAGUAAACAUCAGAGACAUCCGACAAGCCAUACCUGCGAGGACCAAGGAAGAGGGCCGGUGUGAUCUUUGGGUGGCUUUCCAGCAUCGAGAAGCGCGAUGGGUCAGCUCAGGAAGAGGACAUACUUUUGAGGGAAUCCGCGCCAUCCCCAGUCUCUGUUCUCGAAUAUUCGCGGAUGAUCUCCGCAAGGACUGGAUUGAUUUCAGAGGAGGGCUUGCGCAUAAACUAUAUUCCAAAGCCUUUGGGCCAUGCUCGCCUGCUCAUGUAGUGGAUGUGGAUGAGAGAAUGAAGAGGCUCUUACUUCUUAAGCCACCGCACGAGUACCAGCUCGACGAUUAA